AUGAACAGUCCAGGAAAAGAGACCAAUGACUGGUACUCUCUACAAGAGAGAGCUUUAAAAUUAUCUGACCAGGCAUUCAAAAACUUGGUAGGUGAAUAUGAAGAACAAAUCAGAAACUUGAAAUAUGAGAUCAAUUCUAGAGAUAAAAAAAUUCAGGAUUUAAAAAGCAAGCUUGAUAUUACAAAUAAGCAGGUAAAUACAUUAAAGACAGAGAAAAACGAGCUUUGUAAUCUUUUAGAUGCUUUAGAGACACAAAAUAGGAGUAGAGAUAGUAAAAUAGAAGAACUUUGCCUAGAAAUCUCAGAAAUCAAAGGAGAACAUGAACUUUCACUUGCUAAAUUAGAAAGAUGUUUAAAUAAAUAUAGGGAUGUCUCUUUUAUUAAUCAGGAAUUUGAUAGAAGAAGAAAUGAUCAGUUAAAUUUAGAUAAAGACGAUAACAGAUCAUUAUUAUCAGAACAAUGUGAAAAUAUUGAAAUUAAAGAGAUACCAAAUUUAUUAGUUUCUGAAGCCAUCCAUCAUCCAAGCAACUUUAUUACAAUGAAUAAUGGAGCAUGCUUAGAGAACUGUACUGAAGAUGUCGAGGGAUUACUUUGUAGUCCCCAAAAAAUAGGAUCUGGGAACUCUCCUCGCAAUGAUAUAUCCCAAUAUUCAGUUAGUAAAAGUGGAGUUUGGAAUAGGAUUAGUCAAGUACUUCCAAAAGAUUCGUAUUUUUCACUCUUAAAUUGUGUUAGACAGUAUCAUCUCGGAUUAAUGAAUGAAGAGGAACUGCAAACUGAAAUUCAAAACGCUCUUUUAUCAAAUAAUGAAGCUGUUAGGAAUGCCUUUACAAAAGAUAUACUCCACUUAUCUUCAAAAUGA